UCUGCAUUCAGAAGUGAAAAUGGCCAGUGAAAAUACUGGAGGCUUGAGCGGAGCGUCGUCCAUAACUCCAGAGUUUGUAAGAACUUUGGAAACUAGUCUGCACCACAAUAUAGCCCGUCUCGAAAAUACCAUUAAACAGUACAAAACUAGGAAUGCAACUUUGAAACAAGAAUUGGAAAGCAAGGCCACUAAAUUGAAGACUACGAUGCAAGAAAUACGAGGUCGGAAAAAAAGAGUCGAAGAACUGAAAAAUACCCAGAAAGACCUGGAUCAAUCCAACAUAGAAUUAUCUCUCUACGCAUCAAAGUUGAAGGCAGACUUGGAGGCGUACGAGAAAGAGAAUAUCAGACUUCGUAAUGAGCACCAGGAAGUCCUGGACAAAGCUGAUGCUAAGUGGGAAAUUUACAAGGCACAGUAUGAAAAGCGGCCAAUGGUCAAAUUGAUGAGGCAAGAAGAAGUUAAUUUAAAAAAAUCCAAGAUUGAGCUGAUGGUCAAGAAGAAUAAGCUGAUGGAACUGAAAAAAAUUAUUGCGGCACGCGAAUCGAUACACAUGAAACAGAGGAAUUGUCUCGUAGUAGAAUGCGCUAACAUAUAUAAGGAGGCUGAAUCCGGGAAAAUGAAAAUACGUUCUGCCUUGAAUACUCAAAAAGAGCUGCAAGAAAAAUUGAAGCAGCAGGAAGCAAUGAUAAAAAGGUUGGAGGAUGAGGAAAAGGAGAAGUUGAAAAUGGCACAAGAACAAUUGGCGGCUGGCAAAAUUACAAAAAGAGAUUAUAAUUACACUGCAUCACAAUUCGAGCGUAUUACAAUUCCUCCCAAAAGCGUCCCACCAACUUUUCCUGACUGGUGGAGCGAUAAAUCAGACAGCAUUUCCAUCACCAGUGCAAUGAUCGAUGCCCUAACUGAACCAGCUGCACAGCUGCAACUAACCCAUGUGACGAAUGCUGAAGUAGCUGAAGACAGACAGUCACCCGAUCCUCAUCAGAGUAGUAGUCAAAAUAUGGAUACUGCUUGCUUUGCAGAGUCUAAUGAACAAAUAAUUCCUGAUGACGAAAAUGGUCAGGCUGCGGCGGUUGAUCCGGAGGUAAUGAACCCAUUGACAGAACCUUCUUCCAAAGAUGCAGUCGAUAAGAACAUAUGCGAGCGGACAGAGGCACUAAACGAGGGAAAUAUUCAGCCAAAUCAGAUUAGGCAACAAAAUUUGAACGAACACGAGGCAGUGGAAGAAGGAAAUAGCGUGGGGCAAUGGCUCAACUUGGGUGUCGUCGAUUAUUGUACACACGAAGAACCUGACGCGAAGCGGCCAAAGGUAACCAGCAUUGCAUCUGUCAAGUUCAACGUCCCCCCGAAGAUGACGGGGUAUUCAAAAUCGAAACAACAGCCUCCACCAUCGCCAGCCUUGUCAAAUAUCGGAUCGAUAUCCGAAUGUAGCUGGAGACCAAAGCAAUAUCCGAGUCUCUCUAGUUCAACCUAUUUCCGAGCAGAUCGUUCGAUUCUCAGCUGUGAUCAGGAUUCGCAGCAAUCUGCGGAUACAAUGGAGCGAUUUCGUUUGAUGCUGUCACCGCAGCCGAGUCUAAAUGAGGGUGAGAACUGGCAUCAAGAAGGGAAAAAUCCACAUCAGACCCCUCAGCCAUCUAGACCUGCAUUUCUCACAGGCGAAAAACAUGCAGCACCUUCGCCUUUCGUCAACAUAAGUAACAAUGAGAUAUCGACAGCAUCUCGUGGAAAUAAGAGCAAAUUUUCGCUGAACAUGUUUUAAAGGUAAAGAAUAACCAUUAGAGUUCAGCAUAUCAAGAUGUACUCAAGA